CCCUUUAAAGGAUUAAGACGUGAGAUGGCCACCCGGAGAGCGGCAGAGCAGCGCUCACCGCCACUUUGACACCCACCGGAGCCCUUGUGUUGGACGGAACCCCCGGACACGGCGUUUAACCCCGAUCUGGAUACCAAGCUCCCCCCUCUCAGUAUGUCACUGCGCACUCACGCAUUCUCUGCGUAAGGGGAGAGUCCAGCUGAACAAGAGGUAGCCUUUUCCCUUUCCAAACUUCUGUGGGAUACCGAGGACCAGUGACUGUGAAACUUGUAACCGACCUUAGGAAAAUAUAUUUAGCCGCUGUCAUAUUUGAAACCUUUCCGAUUUUUCUUUUUCAUAUUUGUAUCUGCAGCAUUUUCUUUCCCCGCGUCUUUACGGCAGUUGUGGUCAGCGGAGCUGACAUGACGACCGAGACUUCUCAGCAGCAGCUGGACCCACCACCUCCUCUGAGAUCGAGCCCAAGCGUCCUUCACUCCACCAUGAUGAGCCCACAAGCCGUAGCAGAGAGCUCCUCGACCGGUGCAAAAGGAAAGAAGGCGACCUCUGGGCUGAGGAGACCAGAAAAGCCGCCGUACUCAUACAUCGCUCUCAUCGUCAUGGCAAUACAGAGCUCCCCUACCAAGCGACUGACACUAAGUGAGAUCUAUCAAUUCCUCCAGGCUCGGUUCCCUUUUUUCAGGGGGUCGUACCAAGGCUGGAAGAAUUCGGUCCGGCAUAAUCUUUCUUUGAACGAGUGUUUCAUUAAGUUGCCAAAAGGGCUGGGCAGGCCGGGCAAAGGCCAUUACUGGACAAUUGAUCCAGCCAGCGAGUUCAUGUUCGAAGAGGGCUCUUUUCGUCGCCGACCCCGGGGCUUCCGGAGAAAAUGCCAAGCCCUAAAGCCGAUGUAUCGAAUGAUGAAUGGGAUAGGCUUCGGCACUUCUAUCUUACCACAGAGUUUUGAUUUUCAGGCGCCUUCUGCGUCGCUCGCGUGCCACAGCAACGGUUACAAUUUAGACAUGAUGACCAACACCAUGGCCGGGGGCUAUGAUGGAUUGAGCGGUGGACACCACGUACCCCACAUGUCUCCGAGUCCCGGAUCCACGUACAUGGCAAGCUGUCCGGUGUCAUCCAACGGGGAAUACGGACCGGAUAGUAGCAGCAGCCCAGUGCCCUCAUCUCCAGCCAUGGCCAGCGCAUUGGACGGCCAUUCCCCAUACGCCAGUACCGCGACACACUGGGCAUCUCCCAGUGGCUCCCCUUACAUCAAGCAGCAGUCUAUAGCCUCCAGCAGUCCCGCGUCCUCCGGUUUACACUCCGGUAUGUCGCCGUACUCCCUGGAACAGAGCUAUCUGCACCAGAAUGGCAGGGACGCCUCUGACAUCUCAGUUGGAAUUCCACGCUAUCCGAGCCAUUCCUCUUCAGUCUGCGAUAGAAAGGAUUUUGUGUUGAACUUUAAUGGCAUCUCCUCAUUUCAUCCAUCGACCAGUGGAUCUUAUUAUCAUCAUCAUCACCAUCACCACCAUCACCAGAAUGUGUGUCAAGACAUCAAGCCGUGUGUGAUGUGAGUGCGUCAUGACGUUCGUUCCAAGGCCAUGAACAGUGCGAGCUGGAGGAAUGAAUGUGGACCGUAAUAAAGAAAAAUCUAACCGUAGGCUACAGUCAGACAUAAACAAUAAUAUUUUGCAUAUUUUACCAGCACGGUGCCAACCAAUGUUAGAUGGGACAUUAAAAAGAGAAAAACAAUACACAGAGAUCUUUCACAAUAAUUUAAAUCUCCUUAUUGGUGAGAAAAGGAUAGAACUCGCAGAUUGUUGAAAUGAGGGAGAAGCACCGGGCUUAUACAAACCACUUAUACCGCUGUGCUGUCCUCUUGUGACCAACUUUUUUCACCUUCAAAAGAAGUUUAAAAAAACGAUUUGAAUGUGUUUGCUAUUGUUAUUUGUGCAAACGAAUUAUAUUCAGUGUAACUAUGUUCUAUAUAAAGAUAAAUACUAUAGGCCUACACAAAGCUUUUUAUAACAUGAAUUGCAACAACUUUGCACUUUUCUAUACCAUUUGACAUUGCUACAUAUUGUAAAAAGUUUCAAUAAAGCUGAUAUAUUUUAGGCUACA